AUGACAUUAUUGAACGCAAAAAAAAGACUGUUGGAAUUAUGGAAUCUUUUCGACGUAGUACAAUCGCGAAUAGAGGUUCUUGAGAAUGAAGAAGUGUCUUCUCAAGAUUCAGAUCAAUUAAACGCUCAACAUGAGCAACACCAAGUUCCUACGAGGACUGGUACUCUUACCAUGAUAUCAGAUAUGUUUGAACAAUUAAUCCACACCAAUCAAAAUUUAUCCGAGAUAGAGAAAUUCCAUUAUUUGCGAUCUUCCCUCAAGGACAAGGCGUCUGAAAUAAUAAAGUCUAUUGAGACCACCGCUGAUAAUUACAAGGAUGCCUGGAACGCUCUCAAGGAACGAUUUGACAACAAACGGUGGAUAUUACAAAGGCACAUCAAGGCCAUUUUCGAAAUCGCUCCAGUAACAAAAGAAAAUUAUGUUCAGUUACGUGAAUUGUUAGAUACCGUUUUAAAACAUUUACGCGCUCUUAAAGCCAUGAGAAGACCCACAGAUACUUGGGAUGAUUUAAUCGUUCAUCUUAUAAUUUCGAAACUUGACACGGUUACUAAUAAGGCGUGGGAAACAAGCAUUCCUGAUAAGGAAAUUCCUACAUUGAAAUCAUUGACUGAUUUUCUUUCAAAACGUUGCAGCGCGCUUGAAGCAAUUUUUAGCAAAUCCUCAAUCAAUCAAUCUGUUAAUUCUUCAAAGGCCGUUGCAAAAUUAAAGAAUUCUUCGGUUUCUAAUCUCGCGACUUCUAAUUUAUCUUGUCCUAAAUGUAAGGAAAAUCAUCCGCUUUACUAUUGUGAAACGUUUCUCAAAUUACCAGUAGAAAGCAGAAUCGCCUUUGCAAAGAAGGUUCAUUUAUGUCUAAACUGUUUGAGAUCUAAUUCUCAUCAAGCUAAAAAUUGCACUUCAAGCUCUUGUCGCAAAUGUAAAGGUCAACACAAUACACUUUUACAUUUGUCAAAGACAACAGACGCUAACGAGUCGUCUAAUGCGAAAACAGCUGUGACUUCCGAUACAGAAAUUUCUGCGAAGCCAGUCGCAACACAAUGUUUAUCUACUUAUCAAUCUCUAGGAAUUAUAUUAUCAACAGCCAUUAUUCAUGUAUUUGACUGUAAUAAUCACAUCCAUUCGUGUCGUGUAUUGUUAGACAGCGGAUCACAAAUGAAUUUCAUUACGCAGAGUCUUGCCGACAAAUUGUACCUCAAUAAAAGGCAAAUAGAGAUAUCUAUUUCAGGUGUAACUAAUGCUAACAUUCGAGCCAAUCAAGCGACAGUCGUUCACAUAAAAUCGCGGUUCAACAAUUUUAGCGAGAGGAUAGAAUGCGUUGUUUUGCCAAAAAUUACUCAACAAUUGCCUCAAAAAUUCAUUUCCAAACAGAAUAUAACUAUACCAAAUAAUUUAAAAUUGGCCGAUCCUGAUUUUAAUGUUCCCGCUGACAUUGACAUGCUAAUCGGCGCUGAGAUAUUUUGGAAGCUCAUUUGCGCAGGUCAAAUUAAACCUUCUAGAAAUAAACCAACACUGCAGAAAACUCUCUUGGGAUGGAUUUUAUCUGGUCCGACAUCAAGUAUUCCUAGUAACUCCAGUUCUUCAAUCAUCAGUUGUUCUGUAACAGAAGAGUUAAAUCAUGCUCUCAGUCGUUUCUGGGAAUUGGAUUAUUCGAUAUCCUCUUCGAUUUUUUCUCCAGAGCCUCAAGCUUGCGAGAAUCUAUUCAAGGACACUGUCAAACGCAACAGCGAUGGACGCUUCGUGGUCCAGCUACCGAUCAUACCUAACAAGCUAUCUGAACUCGGUGAAUCAAGGGAAAUAGCCACUCGCCGCUUCAAAUGUUUAGAGAAACGCUUUGUUACCUCUCCUAAAUUACAUGCAGAAUACAAAGAAUUUAUACAAGAAUACAUACAACUUGGUCAUAUGCGUGAGGUCACUCACAUUACAAAUAAUGACAGCCAAACAUAUUACCUACCGCAUCAUGCCGUAUACAAAGAAACGAGUACUUCUACCAAACUAAGAAUGGUUUUUGAUGGUUCUUGCAAGACAACCACUGGAGUUUCGUUAAAUGAUGCAUUAUUGGUAGGCCCCACUAUACAAGAUGAUCUGCUUUCAAUAUUAAUAAGAUUUCGUAUGUUCAGAUAUGUCAUGACUGCAGAUGUGGCAAAGAUGUACAGACAAGUUUUAAUCGAUCCGAAUCAAACCUCUCUGCAACGCAUUCUUUGGCGUGACUCUUCGGAUCAACCCAUUCAAACAUUCGAGCUUCUGACCGUCACGUACGGUACAGCAUCUGCUGCCUUCCUAGCCAUUAGAUCGCUUAGGAAAUUAGCUGAGGAUAACUCUGAGAAGUAUCCCGUUGGAUCCAGGACAGUUUUAAACGACUUUUAUGUUGAUGACUUGGUCACCGGCGCUGACAAUUUACAAGAUGCUUCCUCCAUCAAGAUUCAGACAAGGCUAUUGCUUCUUGAAGGUGGUUUCGAGCUACGCAAAUGGUUCUUUAAUGUACCUGAUUUUCAAGAAGAUCAACUUUCCAAUCCUGAAAGGGAAUUCGUAUUAUCAUCCGACAAGGAAUGCGAAACAAGGACAUUGGGUCUUGUGUGGAACUGUACCCAUGAUCACUUCCAAUUUUCUAGUAUCUCCUGUCUGCCACCUUUGGCUACGCCUACCAAAAGACAAAUAUUAUCAAGAGUUGCUUUGGUUUUUGAUCCCCUCGAACUUUUUGGACCUGCGACUGUCAUUGCUAAAAUCAUUAUUCAACAACUCUGGCUUCUCAAGAUUGGAGCUCAAAGAGAAUUAAACGAGCUAGCCGCAUUGUUCAAAAAUCAAGAAAGCCAUCAACAGAUUAUUAACUACGUGUCCUCUAAAGGAAUCAGAUGGCGCUUCAUACCCCCUAGAGCGCCCCAUCAUGGUGGACUAUGGGAAGCUGCCGUCAAGGGAGCCAAACGUCAUCUCUAUCGAGUUACUAGAGAGGCGCAUCUAAGAUACGAGGAGCUAGAAACACUAGUUAUCCAAAUUGAAACGAUUCUUAAUUCGCGUCCUCUCACACCCGUUUCAUCUGACGUAGCUGAUCUUACGCCACUUACUCCAGGUCACUUCUUAAUCGGAGCAUCAUUGACAUCGUACCUUGAACCAUCAUUGGAAAGGAUCCCGAUUACUAGGCUCUCUCGUUGGCAACGGGUGGAGCAAAUACGUCAACACUUUUGGCAAAGAUGGUCAAAGGAAUAUCUGCAUUAUUGCCAGCAGCGAAAUAAGUGGACAACUAAGGAAAAUCCAUUACAUGUCGGACAGAUGGUCCUUCUAAGAGAGAAUUCUGCUUCGCCUCUUUCUUGGCCUCUCGCUAGAAUCGUCGAAGUACAUCCCGGUAAUGACGACAUUGUCCGUACAGUCACAAUUCGCACAUCGUCUGGCAUUUAUAAGCGUCCCAUUACACGAUUAUGA